AUGGAACAGAUCUUAAUAGAAAACUUGUACUAUGGGCAUCAGGUUAAUGCUUAUGAACUUGAAGAAAAACAUAUUCUUCGGCCUGCGCCGGCGGCUGAGCCUCGGGCCCCAGCUCCAGAUGGCACCCCACUCCUAGCACUCCUGCCCGAGUCCCUGUGGUCUGCAGCUGUGGAAACCAAGGUUUCUUACGCAGACCGUGGCCCCCAGCCCGGAAAAUUCGAGGCAGUCCUCUGUCCGCUGGCGCGCGGGCAUGAUCUCUACGCCUACAAAAUCCGCAGUGACUGCCACUGGCAAAGCCCCUUCUGCAGAGCGAGCCCCCCCACCCCUUGCACCCCAGCAGCCCGCCCGGGUGUGGCUGGAAGCUGGAGUCCCCCGGGACCGCUGACCCUGCGUCUUGGAAAGGAGUCCCGGACCGACCCAGGUCGCGCUCAGCCCUUGGGCCUCGCUCGGGGCCAGGCUCCCAGGCGGCGUGGCUGGUCAACAGACUGGCGAGCACCGCACCCCGGUGUGAAUUUCUCCCGCGUGAGCGUGCGCGUGGCACUGGCUCUGCGGUCCCUGGGUCGCAGCGCUUCCCUUUCCCAGGCCGCCCCCUCCAGGACCGCGCGGGCACCCAGGGCUCCGCAGCCGCCCGGCUUGGCAACCAUUUCACGUCCGUGGGCCCCGGCCUGCGAGCCUGGAGGCUGGAUCCAGCACGAGUCCAGCGCGGCCAGCCGCACUGCGCGCGGGGAGAAGGGCCCAGAUGCCAACGGUACCCGGCUUUGAGGGUCGA